AAAGCAUUCUGUUCAUGUCGUCUCGUUGAGUUCGGCCAUUCUCCAACCCGCACACCGCAGCCUCUGCCGCCGCCGGCGCUCGGGCUCCUUCCUCGCCGCCGCCGCGCGCCGCCGACUCCACCGGCCGUCCGCCGUGCCGGACAGGUGAUUUGAUUUCAUCUGCUGAAGGUGGGAUUGGGAAAUGCCGCUUCAUGUUCGCAUAAGGGAGAAGACGAGCAUAGCGAGUUUGUUGAGUUCCCGGAGGAACUGGAGUGGUGGUGGGGUUGAUGGUGGAAAGAAGAGUGGCAAAAGAGAAGGUGCUAAAACGAAAGGAACCAGGACAACUGGUAGGAACAAGAGUGAGAAGAGAGAAGAGCACAAGGAGGCACGGGGAAAUGCCGGACAGAGGAGGAGGUGGAGCGACACAAAUGGUCAAUCAGAUGCGAAGAAGAACGCAUCACAGGCUGUGAGGAGGAAAAGGAAGGGUGAUCAUGACUCAUGGAAUGGUGAUCACAGUGACACGCCGUAUUCUAAAUCAAAGCUGACCAGAAAUGGCCCUUCCACCAUGACCCGUGGAAAGGCUUCUGCUAGAAAAGGUGAUAGAUUUAGGUCUGAAACUUUGGAUGAGGAUGAUUUGCAUUCAAGGAAAAGGGGUAACAGUAUGGUUUCCAGUGUAAGUAGAGGGGGAAGGAGUAACAGCAUGGUUUCUGGUAUAACUAGAGAGGGAAAGAGUCAAUCAGUGUUCAGUAGGAAUGCAGAAGCAUCAUCCAAAGGGAAGAAGUUUGAUACACCUACCAGAGUCAGUCGCCAAAAAGAGGCUGCUACAGAUGCCAACUUGGAUGAUCAUGGCGCCGAAAGCAAGAAGUCGGAUGAUUCUGGCCAGAUUGCUGAUGAGAAGCCCCGCCCUCGUCGUACUCGAGUUCUGGACAAGACUGGGAAAAAAAUUAGGGUUGCAAACAAGGAUCCAGUUUCUGACAUUGAGGAAACCCUUCCUCCCAAGAAGAGGAAGCGGAUGAAACUGGAUCCCUAUGACACAUCAAACAAAAGACUUGAGGAUUCUACUGCCAAACAGGAUGUUUGUAGUCCAGAGAAGAUUCCUGAAAAAAGUCCGCCUGAAGAGACUGAGACGUCUAUAAAUGCUAAAUUCCGUGCUAUACAGCCAAGUUCCUCAAUCAUUUCAUAUGUGGAAGACAAUCUCCUAGGUCGUAGGCGCCUAAAUGAGAUAAAAAAUGCUGGCUACAAUGUUAAGCUCUCUGCCCCUUUGGAUAAUGUUCCCUUCUCAACCAGCCCUGAACGUGAGCGCAUAGAAGAAAAUGUGUUCAGAAAUAAGUUGGAGUUCUUUGCUGCAGCAAAAAUUUCGUCAUCAUUUCCUCCUCCUACGCUCCCAGAGAUAGCAUUUGCAGGGGUAUCAAAUGUUGGGAAAUCAUCACUACUGAAUGCACUUACAAGGCAAUGGGGUGUUGUGCGAACAUCGGAUAAGCCAGGACUUACUCAGACAAUAAAUUUCUUCCGGCUUGCAUCAAAGCUAUGCCUUGUCGAUCUGCCUGGAUAUGGUUUUGCUUAUGCAAAGGAUGAAGUUAAAGACUCAUGGCAAGAACUUGUGAAGGAGUAUGUUUCAACCAGGGUCGGCCUAGAAAGAGUGUGCCUUCUUGUGCACACUAAACGUGGAAUGAAACCAUUGGACUACGAGCUUGUAGACCUAAUGGAAAGGUCCAAGACGCCAUAUCAGAUUGUAUUGACCAAGACUGAUUUGGUUUUCCCUAUUGACGUUGCUCGCCGUGCUGUGGAGAUCCAAGAGAGCCUGAAAAAGAACAAGUCAGUGGUCAGACCGGUGAUGAUGGUGAGCUCUAAAACGGGAGCUGGUGUGCGCAACCUGAGAGGGGUGCUUGGGAAGAUUGCUCGCUUCAUCAAACCAUAACAAGAAGGUUCAAAUUAGUUUGGGGAGUUUGGAGAGUUUUAGCUCUUAAGCAAUUUUCAAGCUAGCUUAGAACUUGAGGCCAUAUCGUAGCAUGAGCAAAAGUUUUCUGGGAUUUUGGAGGCGUCUUCCAUCUAAGACGUUUGUGUCGCGCAGACAGAAAAACAUCCUGAUUCUACAUAAUUUAUGGCAUGUUAGGCCUACGUAUCGAUGUUUUGGAUGGAUGUAAUAUGACAAACAUGAUCACUGGCUCA